AUGUUUUCUAAACAAAUUAAAAUUUAUUUAUUAUUUUCUAUACAAAAAUUUAAAUUAUUAAUUUCAUCAUUUUUCUCAUUAUUUUUCAUCAAUUUCUCAAAUAAUGGAAUUUACAAUAUUAAAAAUAUUUUUAUUUUAUUUAUUUUAAUAAUUAAUAUUAAAAUGGUUAAUUCAAGGAGCAGUCCAAGUUCUGAUACUGAAAUUCUCUCACAAUUGCUCAAUCGGGGCUAUGAUUGGCGUGUUCGUCCACCAGGAACAAAUCUUUCCUUAGAUGGAGAUCACGGCCCAGUUGUUGUAAAUAUAAAUAUGUUAAUACGUAGUAUAUCAAAAAUAGAUGAUGUAAAUAUGGAAUAUAGUACACAAUUAACAUUUAGAGAGGAAUGGGUAGAUGGAAGAUUGGCAUAUGGAUUACCUAAUGAUCAAAAACCCGAUCAUAUUAUUUUAACUGCUGGACAACAAAUUUGGAUGCCUGAUACUUUUUUUCAAAAUGAAAAGCAAGCAAGGAAACACGAAAUUGACAAGCCUAAUGUACUUAUUAGAAUACAUAAAGAUGGUAGAAUUUUGUAUAGUGUGAGGAUUUCACUUGUUCUUUCUUGUCCUAUGUUUCUUCAAUAUUAUCCAAUGGAUGUCCAAACUUGUUUAAUUGAUAUGGCAUCAUAUGCUUAUACAGAUACUGAUAUUGAAUAUCGUUGGAAGGAAGUUCAACCUGUUCAAUUAAAACAGGGUCUAGAAUCCUCUUUACCUAGUUUUCAAUUAACUAAUGUUUCUACUGGAUAUUGUACAUCCAAAACAAAUACUGGGACUUACUCGUAUUUAAAUAAAUUAUUUUUUAAAAUAUCCUUUUUUGUUUUUGAAAGAUGUUUACGGACAGUUUUGGAAUUAAGAAGGCAAUUUAGUUAUUAUUUAUUACAAUUAUAUAUUCCAUCAUCUAUGCUGGUUAUUGUUUCUUGGGUAUCAUUUUGGUUGGAUCGUACAGCUGUUCCUGCAAGGGUUACUCUGGGUGUUACUACUUUAUUAACAAUGACUACUCAAACGUCAGGAAUAAAUGCUAAACUUCCACCUGUUAGUUACAGUAAAGCAAUUGAUAUUUGGUGUGGUGGUAAGGAAAUUGUAACAAAGUCGAGUCUCGACGAGUCACUAUCAGGGCCGAGUUUUAUAGACGUAUUAGAAGGAGAGGGAGGUGCUAACGGGGAGAGGUCCUGUCUAGCAUUUAUUUUUUCGGCAUUAUUAGAAUUUGCCUGUGUUACUUAUAUAUCAUCUAGAAUGUUUUAUAAAAGAACAAGAAAUAAUAGAGUAUUGGCAAGAUAUAGAGGAGAAGGACGUUUACUUUCAGUUUUCAAUCCUCAAUCACAACGGCCUUCAAUAUGUCCAGGAUAUGAAAUGCCUCCAAACUUAUUAACUCAUAGGCCGAGUUUACAUUAUACUCCAUUGACUACACAGUUUAUGGAUGAUGAAAUUGAAGAAGUUUGGGUUCGAAGAGCUGAUAUCCCUAAUUCUCCUCCACCACCUAUUUUAAAGCAAAAAACAUUAUCUUCAUCGGAUGAAAGCAUUCAAAGAAAUUCAACUAAAAUAAAUAAUGAUAACAAAGAAUAUUUUAAUGAAAAUAAAACAUCAAUUUCACUCCCAUCCCCUCCACAACAAAGAAGACAAAAUGAAAGGGAACAAAGUUGUUUGUUAAUAUUUGGUCGAAGACUUCCUUUAAUUGGAAGGUUAAUUAGAAGGUUAGAGGCAGAAGUAGAUCCAGCAAAAAGGGCUGAUUAUAUCUCAAGGAUAUUAUUUCCACUUAUAUUUGCCUUGUUCAAUAUGGCCUACUGGUUUAGGUACUUGAAACUUUAA